AUUCCCCAGUGCCCCCUCCAAGUGUACAUUAAUUUGUACCGUACAGCAAGAGUAUAGAGUGAGUAGUGCUGUGUGCAUUUGUAAACAGACAGUGGGGUUCAGACAUGCCCCAAAGCCAUGGAACUUAGCUUUUUUGAAUGUGCACAUACCACUCUUGGUAUGCCAAGCAGAACAUUGCAUAUUUGUUAAGGGGUGAUUCAGAUUAUAAAGGUUUUCAACAAAUAAUGCUUGUUAAACUACUUCAAUGAAAAAACUUAUUACCUAGAGUUUUCCGGGUUCCUUUUUUCCCCAAUCAUCUCCCCUCAUACCUUUUCCCAAGGACCUCACUCACAGGGGCACCACAGCUAUACCUCCUCAGGCCCUGAUCACAUGGAGGCCUCAAGGAAGACUUCUGAUAGAGACCUGAAGGGCCCUAGAGGUUUUUGCCCUCCCACCUCAAGGCUUCCUUUUUCUCGGAGUGGACAAAUUGGAUUUCUCAGCCUCUUCCUUGCCUUGGGUGGCUUGUCCUGUGGCAGAUACCGGUGAGCCCAUUCUCUGGCUCUGCUGGCCUUGGCUCCCACGAGUCAUCACAUUAGUGCUACCCUACCCCCUCCUCCUCCAGCUCCGCCUCCUUCCUCUGGCUCCACAGCCUUGGACACAGUACACAGAAGCUCAGCAGGAAGGGAAACAAAAGGAACUUCCUGGGUUCCCAUGGCUGUGUCCAGCAACUUCAUCCCAGGACUCAGUCCUCUGAGCCCUCACUAUAUCCCAGGCAUGGGCCAGACCUACGGGCAGCUGACUGGUCAGCUACUUCGAGGCCCUCCUGGCCUAGCCUGGCCCCCUACCCACCGCACACUUCUGCCUCCCAUUCGUUCUCCGAGAUCUCCUGAGCUUCCCAGGAAGAGCCUCCCUCCCAGGCAUGGGCAUGAAAGGCUCAGCUCCAGCAUGAUCCCUGGGUACACAGGUUUUGUACCCCAGGCACAGUUCAUCUUUGCUAAGAACUGCAACCAGGUCUGGGCUGAGGCUCUGAAUGGUUUUACUCAGUGGCAUGGUGGGCAGGGGAGUAAAAAACUGUCAAAGAAGGCCAAGGGGGAAAAAGACAAGGAGAAAGACCAAGAGCCAAUGUCAGAGUUAGAGCUGGAGACAGAGAAGAAGCCAGAGCUGAAGUGGGAGAAACAACAAGUAAGACCAAGAAGCCUGGCUUCCCCCUACUCCAUGGAUGAUACAGACCCUCAGAAGUUCUUCAUGUCAGGCUUCACUGGCUAUGUGCCCCGCGCCCGCUUCCUCUUUGGCUCCAGCUUUCCAGUGCUCACCAACCAGGCCCUGAAGGAAUUUGGGCAGAAGAACUCACUGGGCAGGGCCCAGAAAGAUUCUAAAACUCUGCCCUCGCUUCCCAGGACCUACCUUCAGAACCUAGGUCUUCUCCCUCACUAUGGGGGCUACGUGCCAGGGUAUAAGUUCCAGUUUGGCCAUACGUUUGGGCAUCUCACUCAUGAUGCUCUGGGCCUCAGCACCACCCAAAAGCAGCUCCUGGCUUAGGUACCUGGAUCUCAAGUUCGCCCUUCUAUCCCGGCCAUAUUUUUGGAAGAAAA